CAGUCGGUGGGUGGAUCCGGCAGCAGUCGGGUCGGCCACGGACGGCGCCGUCAAGAUAUCACGACAGUGACACCGAGUGUCGAGCUAUCGAGAGAAGAGGUGGCGUGAGUCACAGGUAGAACUGAGUCGGGACUGAUCGAGAGGAAGGAUGCUUGUGGCUUGGGCGUCUGAAAGUGGAAAAGACUCGAUCAAAAUUGACACACAGCAUAACUCUAUAGCGGCUACAAAAGUGAUCUUAAAUAUUGCUAGCUUUGACAGCUUUGCAGCAGGUGACUGUACUAUCUAACUGGUCCACCUUUUGCUCAUAAAAUCAGCUACGAUCAAACAAAGUAGGAUAGUGCUCUUCGUCGUCCCACAAGUGGCGUAUAAAUCGAUUUACGGAGAAGCGCCGCUGCUGGCGUCCAAUUACCGGGACUAAGCUAGUGUUCGGUGGUUCAUGAAGAUUGAGCGCAGCAGAAGACGGACCGCGAACCAUCAGGUUCGGUUGAUAGCGCAACUCAUCUUCCAUAGUCGUUGUCUUUGACCAGGGACAGCCUGCUGGGGCUUUUGGCUGACUAGGAGAUACGCCAAUCGUGCUGGCAUUGAAGCGCUCAGAUAGUGACCCUAACAAACUGAUGCUAGCUUUCUGUUAAUUGACGUCAAGAGAACCGACAGACGUGGGUUGACAGCCAUUCACUGGGGCGUAUCAUCCAGCUGUCAGAGCUCUUGACCCGUCUCAGAAGGAAUCUCACCCCUUGGACAGCCCUCGUCUUCAGCAUCCGCUCCUCCGUGACCAUGGAGCUGCCGUCGCCCUCCCCGGACACCACCGGCCCGUCCACCACCGCCGCCGUCUCCAUCCCCAUGGAAACCACCACCGAGUCGGACGAGGAAAAGAUGCGUCAGAUCCUCGAGAGCAUCUGGCCGAAACCGCAGUUCUGGGUGCUGAUCGUCUGUCACCUGAUAGUCUUCGUCGUCGGCCUCAUCGGCAACGCGCUCGUCUGCAUCGCCGUCUGCCGCAACCACACGAUGCGGACGGUGACCAACAUCUUCAUCGUCAACCUGGCCGUGGCUGACUUCCUGGUGCUGCUGUUCUGCAUGCCGCUGACGGUGCCGGUCGACAUCACACAGACAUGGUUCUUCGGCAGCGUCUGUUGCAAGGUCAUCACCUCACUUCAGAUGAUGUCGGUGGCUGUGUCGGUGCUCACGCUGGCGUUCAUCUCCCUGGACCGGUGGUACGCCCUGUGCCACCCUCUGCGGUUCCGAGCCACCGCGCGAUGGGCCAAAAAGGCCAUCGCUCUCAUCUGGAUACUCUCGAUCAUGAUUGGCACGCCGUACAUGGUGUGGAGCGAAGUGCACCCGUACGACUGGAGUCCCAAGGGCACCGUCUACUUCUCCUCGUGCGCCACCACCUGGGGCGCUCAGAUGGAGCUCUACUCGGCCAUCUUCAACUUCGUCUGCCUCUAUCUGCUGCCGUUGUGCUUCAUGCUCUUCACCUACUGCCAGAUCGUGCGCGUCCUGUGGAAACCGGCCAUCCCCGGCCACCCCGAGUCGCGGGACUACUCGGCUAUCUCUGGAUCAGACGGCAGGAACAGCUCGCACGGCGGCUCAGGUCACGACACCGUCUCGGCUCACAUACGCUCCCGGCGCAAGGCCGCCAAAAUGCUGGUCGUCGUCGUCAUCAUAUUCGCCUUUUGUCUUCUGUGUGUUCAUCUCAUCAUCGUAAUCAGAGCCGCGCUGGGGGAAAGCUGGAAGCAGGAGGAUGACAUCAAAGGUCAGCUGCAGCAGGCGGCCGUCUGUAUCGCUCACUGGCUGUUCUACUUCAACAGCGCCGUCAACCCAAUCAUCUACAACUUUAUGAGCAGCAAGUUUCGCCGGGAGUUCCGUAAGGCGAUGUGCCGCUCCUGGCAGCCUCCUCCGUCUCGCCAGCUGGAUGACAGCAGGUCUCACGCCGUCAACAGCUCCCUGCUGGACCGGCGAUCCAACUGCACUGUGACGCUAUCCACCACAAGUAGUAGGAAGUCACGGCGCAUGCUGAUGGUCAAACCGGCGACCAACAACCCCAGUAAGGAAACCAAGCUGUAGCUGGAUGUCACGACAGAGGAGAGGGUGGAUGACCGGCCGAUGACGUGUGGAAAUCGAAACGGUCUGACAUUGUCAGCAGGCUUCAGCAGCGUGAAUAUCCUCUUCGAAAGGAGACGUGCCCGCUGCGCAGAACAGCGCAAACCGUUGUUGACAGCUCAGAACGGUGGUUGCGAUGGUUAUCUCCGCGAACGAGUGGCUCCGCGGUUAUCUCCGCGAACGAUGAUCAGCACAGAGUGGCCAGUAAGGAUAUGACGGUUGUAUAUGAUGGUGUCGUGACGGUGAAAGCUCGGUGUUUGGGCCUGAGCACACGCGGAGCGAUAGGCGCCAGUACCCUGACGUGUUUUGGAACUGUCAAUGACAGGCGGUAAGGAUUGACACGUGUGCAUUUGCGGAUAUUUUAUGAUAGUGAACUGUGAAGAGAUAAUGACCUUGACAAUAGGAAAUUAUAAAGCCACGUGAACUGUAUAUAAAGGUGGCCCGAUGAUGACAACAGUGAAGGAAUCUUACGAACUACGCUAUACAGUCGUAAAUAUCAGACAAUAGCAACGCCAUUCGUGAUGGAUGUGCGCACAAAACCGAGUGAAUUCAUUCUCACUCCGAAUGAGAUCGCCGAGAGUGUAUUUAGCCGUACUCAGAGAAAAGCUCAGGCCUUGAGCCAGACUGCUCAAACAGCGCAAAAAUGGCGGUCGGACACUUGACCGGCCUGAAACAGCAGAGUGCUCUUGACCGAAACUUUGUCGAGAAGUUCAAGGAACUCUGAAGAGCGGCUCAGAGCUUGAGCAUCGUACACAGUAAAGACGCAACAGCGGGCGCGUCAGUUACUGCAGCCCGAACUGAACCUCAGUGCGACGGUGUCAUGUCUGUGACCAGCGCCGAUACCAGUGUCGGCCUGAUCUGUGUGACACACACCGCGCUGUGUCUGUUUCCGUCACUGUGACCCUACCACAGAGAGGUCCUUCCGUGAUGUGACUCUUCCGGAUGUGCCCUUAGCCAACAGACUAGCGCCAGCCGAGCCGCUACCCGGCCAGGGCCAUCCGCCGCCCGCUGCGAGUGACAGUAUCUAUUUCCGAUGGGCGGAGCGGUUCAAUCUCAGUUCACUCUGUCUGACAGUACUGCACGCCAAAAACUCGCUCGUCUCGAUAGUCGAGAAAUAACUCGAUCCGUCGAAUCAAUGUGGAAGUGAAGUGAAUUUUGUCUUCUCGCAUGCUGGUGUGACAAAUGAAAGACACUGUCAAUAUGUCGGAAUUUAACUAACCGUUGAAAAGUACAUAUGAAUUACUGUUCGAUUGUUCCAUUGGAAGUGUGUCGCUGAAUGUUUCCAAUGUGUUUUGCGGCAUUUUGAUGCCGUGAACAGGGGAAAGACACUUGGUGUGACGUUUAUGUGUGUGUAUUAGUGUCGAAAUGUGUUAAAUGGCACAAACUACUUUUAUGGGAAUGUAAAUGUUCGAUGGAUUUUCUGUAUUGUUUGUGUCGUGUUUGAUGUAAAACAGGAUGCGUUCACUUGAUGUUUCAUGAAGCAAGGUCAGUAUUUCAUCGUAUCUAUCGGUAUCCACCGAUUGAAGAUUUAAAUAAUUGAGUUACGUCAUGCGUAGUAUUUUCUACGCUUAAGUUUUAGAGUUUCAUGAAUUAUCUAUAAAUAUUUUCGCUGUUCUGUUAUCAGCAUUUUUAAAAACACAAUAUAUAUGCCAAUAACUAGAAAAGAAAACACGCCAGAGCCUACAUUUGAGCUAGACCCGCAUCUCAUCAGAGUCAGCAUGAGGACAUGGACGUAAUCGGUAAUCAAGCAAUGUUUUACCGUUAGAUGUUAGUAAAGAAAGUGAAUGAGAGACAGAGAGAGAGAGAGAGAGAGAGAGAGAGAGAGAGAGAGAGAGAGAGAGAGAGAGAGAGAGAGAGAGAGAGAGAGAGAGAGAGAGAGAGAGAGAGAGAGA